AUGGCGCACGCCUCGAUUGCGAUGUGGCAUAUGACGAUGAUGCACCUGCAAGCGGAUGUCGGUAUUGUUGAGAUUGCCCAGUUCAUUGUGUCCAGUCCGGAUGAGGAGAACUUGAGCCAGCUCGUUCGCGCCGCUCCUCGAAGCUUACAAAUGUCCAAGGCUAUGCGACAUGCGGUCGAGUGUCUUCGCGGACCUGUUUCUGUCGGUAUCAACUUCCUGGCGCGGACGGGAUGCGGCAAUGUUAACCCAUGUUUGAGUCGACUAGGCUUCCACGUCGUCAUCUUGUUGGCCCAGUGGCUUCGCACUCUGGAGGCUACAAUGAUCGUAGAAACUCGAGCAGUGCUGGCCGCGGAAGAAUUAGAUGUCAUGGAAAUAGUCCAGGGGAUUGUAUCUGACUCGGGUGUUCCAGAACUUGAGAACCUCGGCUUGCCUCUCAGUGAAUCUUGUUUGAAAAUUUGGAACGAGGCACUGGGUCCUGGAAGAUUGACCUGGGACUUUGACGAGAACAAACGACAAAUUUUACGGCCCGACGUGUUGUUCUAA